CCUCUCUACUCUUGACCCAUACAGCAUGAUUGUUGGAACGCUCUCCGGUGCAUUCUAAAAAACCGCAAACGACAAAAAGACCUUCCCUGUCAGGGGAGUGUUUCGCAGGCACGUUGAUGGUCAUUACACUCUCUGAUUUUCCUUAUCUUCUAUCUCAACAUACCGAACUCCAUACACUCUUUGAACAAACAUCGACAGUAUCACAAACAUUGCCAGAAACACCGAAAAUCGAAAAAUCUACAAAACAAAUCAACUCUGGCAACCCACUAUCUUUCAAUCUCUUUUCAUCUCUUUAUCUCGUCCUCAUAUCUUCCCACCGAAUUGAAUACUCAACAUUACCGUGCGAUCCGUCUUUGAUCUUGAUGAACCUUUCGCAUGCCCCUUUAGCAUGCGCAGUGAUGAUUGGAAUGGAGAGACGCCGCUAUUGAAUGAAUGACUCAUAGAUGAAACGAAUCCGCACGACUUGGCAGCUGCUUAGUGACGACGUCUUAUGGAAAGCGCCCCAUUGUCUUUGCAGCGUUUAGCUUACAGUUUCAGCCUUG